GCGAGGGGCAGCGAGCCGGGGCUGGGCCAGCCAAGCGGUGGCGAAGGCGGCGGCGACGGCCGGCAUGGGCGAUGGGGGCACGGAGCGCGACCGUGGCCCCGCGCGCCGGGAGUCUCGCGGCGGGCGCAGCGCGGACCGCGGCAGAGCAGAGGCCCGGAGCGCCGAUGCCGGCGGCCGCAGCCCAGAGAACAUGGCCAGGACCUCCAGCCCCGCGGGUUCCAGGGAGAGCGGCGCCGACAGCGACGGGCAGCCCGGGAUCGGGGACGCAGACCACUGCCGCCGCAUCCUGGUGCGAGAUGCCAAAGGGACCAUCCGGGAAAUUGUCCUGCCCAAGGGCCUGGACCUGGACCGGCCCAAGCGGACCCGCACAUCCUUCACGGCCGAGCAGCUGUACCGCCUGGAGAUGGAAUUCCAGCGCUGCCAGUAUGUGGUGGGCCGUGAGCGCACUGAGCUGGCCUGCCAGCUGAACCUCUCAGAGACCCAGGUGAAGGUCUGGUUCCAGAACCGCCGCACCAAACAGAAGAAAGACCAGAGCAGAGACCUGGAGCAGCGGGCGUCCUCCUCGGCGUCCGAAGCCUUCGCCACCUCCAACGUCCUGCGGCUGCUGGAGCAGGGCCGGCUGCUGUCCGCGCCCAGCGCCCCCGGCCUCCUGGCCCUGCCGCCUGGCCUGCUGGGCCUGCCUGCCGGCCACAGGGGCACCGCCUUGGGCGACCCCAGGAACUCCUCCCCGCGCCUCACCCCGCUGGGCUCGGCCCCCGCGUCCCUGCCCCCGGCGCUCUGCUUCCCGGCCGCCCCGCUCCUGGACCUGCCCGCCGCCUGCGACCUGGGCUCCUCCGCCUUCGCGCCCUACAGCCCGCCCUGCAGCCGCCUGGAGCGGGGAGUCCGCAGCCCCCGGGGCGCCAGGAAGGCUAGCGCUUAAGCCUCACCCCCUGCGACACUCUGCCCCCCCCCCCCCAGCACUGCA